CUCACAGUGAGCGAACCCUAACACUUCGAUAGAGAGUCGGAAGAAGGGAGGAAAAGAACGCGGUCUCGUCCGACAGCAAGUCAUGUGUGGUUCCCUCGUAAUCCACGCCCACCCAUCCGUCCCUCUUCGUUCGACGACAAACCGAGCCGAUUCGGGCCUCCUCCUACUCCCCCCAAAACGCAGACUCCGCCCUCGGCCGCUAAACCCAUGGCUACAACGGUGACGACGGCGACGGUAGCGUCUUCCUCCUCCUAUGUGGCCUCCAUCUCUCGGGUCCUCUGCAGAGACAGUGGAUCUCAGUCGCGACACGCCAUGGCCGCCAAGUGCUGCUCCUUCUCGUCAUAUAUUGCCCGUUGCGUCCCCCAACCCCCUCAUGCUUUGGGAAGUGGGUCACCGAUGCCGAAUGGAGGAAGAGGAAGGAACGAGGCGGUUGCUUGCUCGAUGGCGUCGCCCAUCAUCCCGGUUUUGAGAAAGCUCCAGAGCUUGAUCGAGACAAACAAGAAGUUGCAGUGAAGCUCAUGGCCAAUGGUGCGUCCACCCUUUGCAACACGGGGAAGG